AUGGAAACCGAAAGCAGUUGUAGUUGCUCAAUCGAUGCCUUGCAGAUUUUGACGGAUGUCCGGAAUGUAGACACAGUUGUGGAGUUUGAGACGAUCCUGGACUUGGUCCAGCGCGUUUAUGGACAAGGGCAAGCUAUGCUGAGUUGCAAAGAUUGUCGCAAACUUCCGCUACAAUCCUCGUCUUUCCUAACCAUCCCUGCCCUCACCGAUCAUUGUCUUUCGUUGUUCGAGGCCGUAUGCUCAGCAUAUAGCAUCACCCGCAAGAACUGCCUUUUCGACGCGAAUAUCUUGGCAUUUGAACAGCCCCUACCCCAAUUUAUCUGCAUUCGAAGCAAGGUGCAGCUGGGAGAAACAGAUUUGGACGAAGCCGAGACGGGGAUAGACUCUUCAGGCAAUCCUUCGAACACUUUCAACGGACAAUACCCAGGUACACCGAGCUGGGGCAACAACCCUGCGGGCGUACGAGUCGUCCAUCCAGUCAACUAUGCACCGCUUCAUGGCAUUCCUGGACCAGAUAAAAGUCGAACAACGUCUUAA